AAUCGAUGGUUCAAAAUAGCACGGCCUGUUGCAUCAUAAUGAACCAUAUUAAAUGAUUGUAAUACAGUAUCAAAGAGAUACCGAAAAAGCUAUCGUAUACGCAGAACUUGAGCUCAAGACGUUUUACGAAUUAAUACUUUCGCUGUCGAUAUAACGUACAGCAGUACUGAAUUGUCGCGAAUUUUAUGAAUCACGAUCAUGUGAGCGAAAUUUGCUCGGUUGAAAAUUCAUAAUAAUCGCGGGCGCAUGAGCACAACCGAAAGAGACAGACUCUAUUACGGGCGAGCUUUUGAUGUCUCUUUCCUUCAUCCUUACCUACAGCUAUUGGUGCUCGUUGACCGUCAGCUGCUGGCUAUCUGCUACGUGUCUGCUGCAGCGAGGGCAAUGGAGGCUAAAUUGGAAUAUCACGCGCUUUGAUCGAUCAUUCGUUACAUUACUAAAGUACUAUCCUAAAAGUUCCUCUAGAAAUGUUGCUGAUUAUACGAAGAAUAAUGACCUUGUAUCGUAUAAUAUUUAAUUUUUGAUACACUUAAUGAGUUAAUAAAACAUGCACUAACACUACUGUAAAAAUGGAAAUUACAGUUAACCAGGAGGCUGCACCCACAGAUAGUCUAUAUCUAGCAUUGGUACAAUGCUUUGUUAUUAUUCUUUGCGGCUAUAUUGCAGGAAGAUUACAAGUAAUUACAAAACCAGAAGCAAAUGGUUUGAAUACCUUUGUUGGAACUUUCUCUUUGCCUGCACUCAUAUUCUUGUCCAUGGCUAAACUUGAUUUUUCAACAGUUAACUACAAGUUUUUAAUAGCAGUGUUCAUAUCAAAAAGCAUAGUAUUUUUUGUUGUUUUAAUCAUUUCCAUUGUUAGCACCAAACCAUCCAAUUAUGGACGUUCAGCUCUUUUUGCCAUUUUUACAACACAAAGCAAUGACUUUGCUAUUGGCUAUCCAAUGAUAAAUGCUCUUUAUGCCUCAACACAUCCUGAGUAUUCAGCAUAUUUAUAUUUAGUAGCACCAAUAUCACUAGUUGCCUUGAAUCCCAUUGGUUUUGUUUUUUUGGAAGUGGCUAAGCGCAAUGAAGGAGUAGACAAUCGUACUGAAAGAAGUAAUUGGGACAUGCUUAAAGCAAUUGCCAAAGGGAUUGCUUUAAAUCCUAUACUAGUUAUGACUGUUCUCGGAAUCAUUGGAAAUCUCAUAUUCAGUCAUAAGUUGCCAGCUUUGCUCGAAGUUGUUCUAGAAGUCCUUGGAAAUGCAUUCUCAGCAAGUGCUCUCUUUUUGCUUGGACUCAUGAUGGUUGGCAAAAUUCACAAGCUCAAGGGUGUAGCAUUAGUAAUACCAGGAAUUCUUAUUUCUGUUAAGCUUCUAGUCCUUCCAUUAGUUAUUAGAGAAUCUGUGAUACUAUUGAAUGCUGGAGAAAAUGCCACUGACACAUCUGAUUUGAGCACUUUUGGUUUUCUCUAUGGAACCAUUCCUACUGCUCCAGCUUUAUUUAUUUUCACACUGCGUUAUAAUAUUGAUAUUGAUCUGAUUGCUUCUGCUAUGGUUGUGUGUACUUUCCUGUCUGCCCCUUUGAUGUUUAUAUCAGCAAAAUUAAUAAGUGCUAUCGAAGGAGAAGUAUCACCUUCAGAAUAUACCAACCAACUCAAAGCCUUCUCAUUUGACACAAGUGUAGCUUCAGUGGCAGCUGGCAUUUGGUUACUUAUCUGCUUUUUACUAAUCAAACGAAAAAGGCUUAAAAAUUCAACUCAUCAGUGUACCUUGUGUCUCAUCAUAGCCCAGCUGACAACUGGAGUAGGUGUUAUCAUAUGGACAAAAUUAGGGGCUCACGGUGUAGCAAGUCUUCUCUGGUACAUUCAGUUUACUUUAAUUACUGUUGGAAUCUAUGCCAGUCGUUUUUGGACAGCGGCUAUUGGCUUAACAUUAUUAUUUUUAAGUUCUCAAACUGACGUUUUUGUUAAAAAUUUAUUAAAAUACUUUUAUUUUGUGUGUUGGGGAGGUCCAUUGAUUAUAAUAAGCAUAAUGUGCUUAGCAGUUUCUCCAACCAACCAAACAGAUUCUGAACUGAAAAAUCCUAAUUUUCAAUUUGGCAGAUUACAUGUAGCAAUUACAAUUUUUGUUUUACUUUUUUGCUUCUUUGUUACAUUAGGCAGUUUGGUAAUGCGGCAGAGGUAUCAGCGAAGAAACAAUUUAUCAUCUUCUUAUAGUAGUUUAAUACCGACUGUGACAGAAUCAAACAGAUUACAUUCAAGAAAUGUGAUUGAUGUUGAAGAUCUUGUGUCCCCAGAAAAUCCAUCAAAUGCACCAACAAACGAUUGCGUGAACGGAUUGUGCGGAACUGGCGAUAAUUAUGAUUGUAAUAGAACAUGCGAGUACGACGAAGAAAACGAAGCGGAAACCGAUGAUGAUCCCGAAAUUUUGAGGCAUGUGGUUCUUUUGAUUCUACUUCUGUGCUCCAUGUUCAUUGGCCUUGCAAUGUCUGUAGCAACUCUGAUAAUGGAACAAAUGUCUGGUAUUUAUGCGGAGCUUGCCUUUUUGGAUGUUGCUUUGGGCUUUGGUCAGUCAUUGAUAGCUUUUGCUAUAUUUGGUCUUGAUCCUGGACUAGGCAAACUGGGCUGCUGGUUGAGAAACAUGUUACGAAAAUGGAAAAUGGAUAAAGAGCUGCAGCUUCCCGACGAAGAUUCAUUGAGUCCUGAAGCCAAAGCUUUCCGUGAACAAUUCCAACGUUGUCAUUUAGAAAAUUGUCAAGCCCGUAUUGCAGUGUGCCGAAGGAGUCUGCUAAGGACGUACAACGGCGUUUUUACUGGCAGUGACCUCGUCAACUGGUUUUUGGAAGCUGGUGUAGCGAAAAAUCGUGAUGAAGCAAUAUACUAUGGCCGUUGUCUUCUAGAUAGUAGAGUUCUUAAUCACGUAGACAACACUCAGCACUUUCACGAUCAAAACCUUCUUUACAAAUUUCGAGGCUGAAUUGUAUUAUUAUUUAUUAGUACAUAUGCACAUUUUAUAUUUAAAAGAGUAAUAAUUUUUUAAACACUCUAUUGUGUGUUUUAAUUCGUGCAGAUUAGGUACUCUUUUAAAAUUUAUUUAUUUACUUAUUAUUUUUAGUAUCAAAUUUACGUUUCUGAUCAAAUUUUACACUAUCCUUAGGAUCCUAGAGUAUAACAACUAUAUAUCGAAAUAGUUUGAGAAUACAGAAAUUCUGUGAUUCAUUGAGUGAGAUAAAAGAGAUGAAGUUAAUUUUUUUAAGGUAAUCAUUUUUCAGAAUGAUAUAUUUUUAUAACAGUAUGAAUUUUUCAUACUAAACUAUCAAACUGUUAUAAAUGUAAAAAAAAUGUGAUGUCUAUCUGAAUGAAAGUUACAAUUUACAUAGAAAAAUGAUCAACCAUGUUUUAAAAAUAACUUUAUUUAUUGUAAACACAAGUAACUUCUUUGAAUUGUUUCUAAUACAGCGCUGGCGCUAAUAUUUAAUUGUUUACGCCGUGGUAUUGCUUUAUAAUAUUCAUAUAGAACAGAAAAGAGAUUUUAUGAAUAUUAUUAUUCCAAUUAAAGUUGAUAGUUUACAUUUUCUUCAUAGUAUUGCACAUUUCUUUUUUAUUUAUGAUGUGCUGAAAUAACUAAUAAGUUCCAUGCUCAAGUAGCCAAAUAAAAGAAAGACUUGUAAAACUGAAUGUUUUAGAAUACUAAGAUGACAAAAAUAUCUCCAUAUCUUAAAUGAUAGGAUAUACUUGUACCUAAAUAAUUUGACUCUAAGAGACUUUUGAUCUUAGUGUUUUAUUUAAAGUUUUAAUAUUAAAUUAAUUUUUUUUUGUAUUUGUCUGCUUACGUUUAUUGUAAAAAAUGUUGUUGCAGAGCCUUAGCUAAUUAUAACUAUUGUGUGUCAUAAAAUAAAAAGGGUAAAGCAAAUUGAUAGAAAUUUUCUUAAAAUGGAUUGAAUAACAGAUAAGAGAUUAGAAUCCUUAAACAAAGAUUAUAUUAACUAAAGACAAUAAGAAAAUACAAUGAUUGUGAUUGUAAAUGUAAAUCUGGCAAAUUUAAUA